GCCGAGUUCAACGCGCUCGUGCACGUCGGUAUCGAGGCGAGGGGUGCCCAGACAUAUCUCAUGGAGCUCCUGGACGACACAGUGCCUGUGACGCUGGAGAGUGACAACUCUAGCGCGCUCACGAAUGUCGAGAAGAAAGGCGUUGGCAGGAUGCGCCAUAUCGAACUGAAGGACCUGUGGAUCAAGGACCUCGUCGCACGGAAGGCGGAGACGAAGGUCAGCACCAACAAG